AUGGAGCAAGUGAAAACGGAAGGUUGGUUUUGUAACGCUGAUGAAGAUGGUUAUGACGCUAUUGUCGUGGGGUCUGGGUAUGGAGGUUCUGUUGCUGCUUGUCGGAUGUCAAUGGCGGGAAUUAAGGUGUGCUUGAUUGAGAAAGGUCGGAAAUGGGAAGCUCGGGAUUUUCCAACUGACAGUUUGAAGGGCUUGUCAGCCCUAAAAAUGGAAAACCAGAACUUGGGGUUUAACUUUGGCUCAAAAGAUGCUUUGUUUCAGGUAUAUAUACAAGAUGAUUCUCUAGCAGCAGUGGCCUGUGGGCUUGGUGGAGGUUCACUAGUUAAUGCAGGAGUUAUGCUACCAACCCCAGCUCGUGCAAGAAAGAACCCAAAAUGGCCAAAAGAAUGGGAAAGAGAUUGGAAGAUGUGUGAAGCUUCUGCUUCAGCCAUGCUUGGAAUACAGACUGUUCCCGUCAAGUUUCCCAAUGCCAAAGUCAUGGAAGAAAUAGUCGAAGAAGAGAUGGAAGAAAGUUGCCGCGGUUCUCUGAAGCUGAGUGUGAAUUUUGAAACAGAAGAACAGCCAUCCAAUCCAACCAAGUCUCAAGAAAUGGGUAGCUGCGUAGCCUGUGGAAAUUGUCUUGUUGGGUGCCCUUAUAACGCCAAAGGUUCUACAGACAAAAAUUAUCUGGUUUCUGCCAUCCAGGCAGGAUGUACUAUCAAAACAGAAUGUCAAGUUCAUUAUGUGGUGAAAAACACAAAUGAUCUUCACAAAGAUGAUGAAAGAAUUAGCAGGAAAAGAAAGCGGCGUUGGCUUGUAUUCCUCAAUGAAACUGACUACAUAACUUCUGAUUUUGUUAUCCUUUCAGCUGGAGUUCUUGGUACAGCUGAAAUCCUAUUCCAGUCGCAAUUUAGAGGGCUGAAACUUUCUGAGAGGCUUGGAUGUGGAUUCAGCUGUAAUGGGAAUAAUGUUGCUUAUAUUGCUGGAAGCUCAGCACCCUUGAGUGCUUUCGGUUUAGAUAGAAAGCAAUUAUCAAAAGUACCUUUCCAAGAACGACCAGGAACAUCCAUUUCUUCAUCUUACACUUCUUCGCUGGGGUUCACAAUUCAGAGUGCAGUAAUCUCAACGGCUUAUCCUCGCCUAAUAUUUAAAGGGGGCACAACUUAUGGGUGGCCAUAUGGCUAUUGGUUCUUGCAUGGGGUUAUAGAUGAGCUGAAACGUAUAUUUGGCCUAAAAGCUUGCCAAGGAAUGAUUCUUAAUGGAAUAGGAUAUGAUGACAGUGACGGGAGAAUUACUCUAGAAAAAGACACAAACAGAAUAUGUAUUCGGCCAGCCUAUGAUCCUUUGUUGCCACGAAAAGUUGAAGCCUUUCAAAAACUUACUAGAAAAGUAGGAGGAAUUCUGUUCAUGUCGAGGUAUCGGAGUACAUCUGUUCAUCUUUUAGGUGGGUGCAAUGCAUCAUCAGAUCCUUCACAUGGGGUUUGUAAUCCUAAUGGUCAAGUAUUUGACACAAAGUCUCCCAAAACUGUGCAUCCUGGUCUCUAUGUUUGUGAUGCCUCCUUAAUUCCCUGCUCUGUUGGCAUAAACCCUUGUCUUACCAUUGCAGCAGCAGCUGAGCAUGUAAGUAGACACCUUGUGCAGGAUGUUUUUAUAUACAAGAGCAAAGAGGGUAAAGAAUUUGUCAAUAAAACUGUUGAUCAUAAGCAAGGUUCGAUCAUAUCUGGGAAGUUAAGUAGCAGCCCGAGAUCAACGGUUGUGUUCAAAGAAACCAUGAAAGGGUGCUUGGGGGGUAUGCCAUGCAUAGCUUACCUCAAACUGAGUAUGAACUCUAGGACUUUGAAGGAGUUUGAUGGACAGGGUAGGGCUAUUGGAGGAUCUCAUCCUCUUCUGAGAGGAAAAGUAGGUGGAUAUGUUGUAUUUAAAGCUGUGGAGAUUGACAGAUUACAUGUUAUAGAUGGGGAAGUAGAUUUGUGUAGAGUAGAUUGCAGAACUUCUUACACGCAGUAUAUGCACUAUCGUCUCCUUCUUGCAGCUUCUUCUGGUUCAAGGUUUAAAUAUACUUUGAAUUCUUAA